AUGGCUUCCACUGUUCCUCUUUCAGUCGCCAUCUAUGACAACCCUAGCAUCAUGCACUGGAGUCUCUUCAUCAAAACCAACAACUUGUCCGACAAGACAAUCAUCCAUGUCCUCGGUGCGCGUCAGCGGUAUUUCCUGGAUGUGAGAACGCCGUCGGACGCACGUACUUCAGCUUCCCUUAUUGCGAUUCUACCGCUUUGUCGAAUCAAUGCGAGCAAGAUUCAGACUCUCAACAACGUCGUUUACGCUACCCCCAUCCGCAAUGACUUGGCAGAUUGGAGCUGUCAGGAUUUCGGUCUCAAUGUCUUGGACAAGCUCGAGGAGGCAUUGAUCAUCGAUGGAGAAACAGGGUUUAUACCGCGAACAAGAGGGCGGUUGCUGCGAAACCGAGUCGUGGCCGUAAUGGUUGGGCUGUGGCAAACUCUUGUUACUGAAAGUCGACAAGAGAAAGAGGAAUAA